AUGAACAAUGACGUGCAAGUCUUUGCCAGCCCCGAGGAUCGAUCUCACUGCAAUGACGGUGGACAGGAGGGCGCAAUGACGCCAUACGACACCUCCAAGGCGGAAUUGGCCUUCAAUCUCCCCAAAUACUAUCCGGAGGAUCACGAACUUACCAAAUGGAUGAUUAAUCAAAUGCGUCGGCGCAAUGGGCUGCAUCACUUGGUCAACUUUGCUAACGCUCAUCCCUUCAUCCUCUCGGCACAUUUUGAAGUACUCGACCAGCCUGAUAAGUAUGUCAGCACAAAGGAGGUUUCUUAUUUUUCCGCCUAUUCGGCAAAAACUGUGCUAUUUUUGACGCCUCUCGCUAUGGCAAUAUACUUUGGAUGCAAAUCAGUCAUUAGGAUUUUGUUGGAUGACAGUGGAGCUCGUCUCAAAUCUCGUGCGCGUAGCAAUGUUGACGUAAACGCUACAUGCUAUGCAAAAAGAUUCAAACCCAAGCACGGUGUCUUUGGAUUCGAGGACUACUUCACCACCUCCCCUGCUGUAUUGGCCCUCAGACGCGAGUUUUAUACAGGUCUGAAUCUACUCACAGCAGGUGGUUUUAAUCCUCACGAUAGAAUAAGAUAUGUGGAUCAUAUCGCAUCACCCAGUCAAAAAAUCUACUGGACUACAGACCUUAUGGAAUAUGCGCUUCGACUAAUGAUUACUCGACCUGGAUUUGAUAUCAUUCGCCUCAUACAAUACCUUACAUAUCCUGGUCCCUCUGGUAAAUGUCCCUAUGAUGUUAUGACGUAUGAUGCCUACGUGUACAGCGAUUUGGGAAACAAGACGCCUGUGUGGUUUUCUCUUUUCAGACGUGUUUGUCGACGCGGAAUCAGUCCAGCCUAUGCGAACUGUGCCAACCGAUUGAUCGACGUGUUGGAAAUCUUAGAAAAACUAGGAUUUUUUAAGCAGGAGACAAUGCCGCAUGGGCCUGUGGUUUAUAGUGUUGGACCAGGACGAUGUGCAACCAAACGUCAUCAUUUCCCACAAAGAGUUUCUCCAUACGACAUUCGACUAAUGCCACCUCCAGAGGCCGCUGAGGUGAUGCGAGCGAUUGCGGUCGAUCGGGACGAAUGCUUUGCAUUCAUGGUUAUUUGGCUAAAUAGAUUGAGGAACCGAUGUCUUACAAAGCCCUAUCAACGGCUCGCCAAUCUAUUACUUACGGGCCUCGUUGAUACGCACAUGUUGGAGGACUUUAUAGUCCCACCGGCACAAGUAGAUCCUAAGGUAACACUAUGGCCCCAGUGGAUGGAAUUGGCGACUGAACUUGCUCAACAAAUACCUAACACUAACUGGAAGUCAUGUCAAGAAGAAAUAAACAUAUUCAGCGAAGAUAUCUUCGAUUCCUAUGCUCUGGAACCCAUGCAAGUUAACGAGCUGCGCUUGGAACUGAAGAAGUUGGCAUUUGUUCAAGGAUUCUUAGACGAAAAAAUUUGUGAAAAGUUAAAAGAAAGUAAAAAGACGCUGACAACGACUAGCAAUUUACCUCAAAAAUUAGGCAACAUACCAGUUUUUGUGGGAAAAGCGCAGACCAGAGCCAUGACAGCAUUAUUCACGAGUGACAGUCACCCUGUUUCUGACGAGACCAAGCAAAGUGGCGACACCGGCAUUGACAUAUCAAACACAUUAUCACAAUCUCACUCGGCGGUCCCACGACCUCGAAAUGCCUCCUCUGAAGCCUUUAAUCAGUAUGAUUCGGAGGAUCAGAGAAAUCUGAAAGGCCACCAAUCCAGACCACCACGAGUUGCUAAUCGAUCAAAUGUAAACAAUAAUGUCACAUCACGACCAAAAACUACUGUACCAUCACAGAGUAAGAAAGCAGUGACAAGACGAAGACCACGAUCUGCGAAAACACCCAGUCCCAAACCGGUUCUGGUAGUGGUUAAGCAGAAGAACGCAUCCCUUUCGGCUAAGGAAUCUUCAACGUCAAACAAUAAAAGCAAACCUCGGCCAAGGUGGCGAAUCUGA